AUGGAUUCACCAAACGUCUCAGAUUCAAGACUAGCAGAGCCGGAAAUGCGGUCCCAAAUCCAGAAUGAACGAGCAGUGUCGCCCAACGUCGUGCCGGAAGGCCCUCGGCCCCUCAUUGCUACACCUAUUGAAAAGAAUUGGGAGUUCAAAAAAGACAAUAACAGCAAUACUAGGUUUCGUCCGGUCUCCCAGUUUCCGACAAAUAUCCAUCUGGAUCUUAUGCACCACGGGAUCAUCACAGACCCAUUUAUUGCGACAAACGAAGAAACAGUGCAGUGGGUUGGGUUGGAGUCAUGGGUGUACAGAACCACUUUCAAAUGUCCAAAUCUGACCAGACUUGAAAAGGCUCUUCUUUCAUUUGAGGGCCUGGAUACAUUCGCUACAAUAAAGCUAAAUGGUUCCCAAAUCCUAUCCACGGAGAAUAUGUUCUUGCCAUUAAAGGUCGAUAUUACCGACAGAGUCUUCACGGGAGAUGCUGACAAUGAGCUACAAAUAUUUUUCAAGAGUGCUUUCCAACAAGGGAGGGAGAUUCAGGAAGAGCAUCCUCAGCAUAAAUGGGGCUGCUGGAAUGGCGAUCCAAGCCGAUGUGCUGUCAGGAAAGCCCAGUACCAUUACGGAUGGGAUUGGGGACCGUGUCUCAUAACAUGUGGCCCUUGGAAACCAAUUUACCUUGAAAUUUUCACAGCCCGUAUCAGUGACUUGCAUGUUCAUAGUACUGUCGACGAAUCCCUUCGGCAUGCCCAAGUGAAAGUAGAUGUCGAAGUCGAUGGAAAUUGGGAGACAGUAGUUAUCCAACUACUUCUCGAUGGUGUUCUUGAAGCUGAAGAGACGCGAAAUAUCUCAUUCAACCCCGCAUUGGCAACAUUUCAUAUUGAGAACCCAGAACUCUGGUAUCCCAUCCAUUAUGGUAAGCAGCGGAUGUACACUGUCGUUGCAACAUUAUAUGGGGGUGGCUCGAAGCUGGACAGCUGUACUAAGCGGAUCGGACUCCGUCGAGCUCAAGUGAUUCAAAGACCCUUGAGCGACAAACAUUCCUCUGGGAAAACUUUCUUCUUUGAGAUCAAUAAUACCCCUAUCUUUUGUGGUGGCAGUAAUUGGAUUCCAGCGGAUUCUUUCCUCCCUCGGAUAUCUUCAGAAAAGUAUCGAGCGUGGUUGAAUCUAAUCGCGGGCGGGAAUCAAAAUAUGGUUAGAGUCUGGGGAGGUGGAAUUUACGAAGCGGACAUUUUCUAUGAACUAUGUGAUGAGCUAGGAUUGCUCGUCUGGCAAGAUUUCAUGUUUGCAUGCGGAAAUUACCCGGCUCAUUUGUCAUUCCUGAAGAAUGUGGAGCGCGAGGCCAUAGCCAAUGUCAAGCGUUUGAGACAUCAUCCAUCUAUCAUCAUUUGGGCGGGCAACAACGAGGACUACCAGUAUGCGGAGAGUGAAAACUUGGGCUACGAUCCGAGUGAUCAAAAGCGAGAAAACUGGCUAGGCUCUACAUUUCCGGCCAGGUAUAUUUAUGAGGAGCUCCUGUUAAAUGUCAUGCAUAAACAUGCCCCUGGCACCUAUUAUCACUUUGGAUCGCCAUGGGGUGGUGAAAAUUCUAGAGAUUCACAAAACGGAGAUAUCCAUCAAUGGAAUGUCUGGCAUGGUACCCAGGAAAAAUAUCAAAACUUUGAUAAACUGUCUGGCCGGUUUGUCUCAGAGUUUGGUAUGCAGGCGUUUCCAAAUAUAAAAACUAUUGACUCUUAUCUUUUACAUCAGGAGCAUGAUGUCGAUAGAUAUGCCCAGUCCAAAACAAUUGAUUUUCACAACAAAGCUGCUGGACAUGAGCGGCGUUUGGCUACAUACCUUGUUGAAAAUUUUAGAUAUCGAUUUGAGCCGCUUGAGAAGUAUAUUAACUAUACCCAGGCGAUGCAAGCAGACUGCUUAGCCACUGCAUAUAGAUUGUGGAGGCGUGAGUGGAAAGGUCCAGGGCAAGAAUAUUGUGCCGGAGCUUUGGUGUGGCAAAUGAACGACUCGUGGCCCGGGACAUCUUGGGCCAUUGUCGAUUACUAUUUUCGGCCAAAACAUGCUUACUAUGCCGUGAAACGCGAACUACAACCGGUCAUCAUUGGUGUUAAACGUUCUGUUUCAGCACCAUCGCCUGGCGAGCUACCCUCCGGAAAAUGGACUCGAAUUAUCGACAUUUGGGCCUCUAAUUUUGAACUGAAUACUAAAGAGGUUCAAGUCGUUGUCAAAGUGUUUGAUGUUCUUACGGGGAAAAAAAUUUUAUCGUCAAUCAUCCUUAAUCACCUUGUGCUGCAGCAAAACCGUGCUGUGGAAAUAACGCAGUUUGACUUGCGUACAGUAGUUCCAGAUACAUGUGACGAUGAACUUCGUCUGGUGGUUGCUGUCUACCUUUUGGAAAACGAGAAGAUAAUCGCUCGACAUAUCAACUGGCCAGAACCAGUGAAGUACGUUCAAUUGCAGGCGGCAAAAGUUGACAUGAAGCUCUGCGGGGAUAAUGAUCAAAUAGAGCUACGAACGGACCUACCGGUAAAGGGCUUGACACUCUCUAGUGUGGAUAAAGAAGUGGUGUUUGAGGACAAUUACGUUGAUCUUGUCCCUGAGGACCCUGUUUAUAUUGGAGUUUGUGGAGUGAAGGAGGGUGAAGACUGCCUGGUAAAACAUUUCAUGCUCAAUUAA